AUGGAUGCUGUAGAAAAGCAACAAGGUGGGGUGUUUUUUUUAUAUGGCUAUGGUGGGACUGGUAAGACCUUUAUGUGGAACACUUUAUCAGCAGCACUUAGUUUGUUGUUAUCAGGAGGAAGAACAACUCAUUCUAGAUUUAAGAUUCCCGUUCCUACUUUAGAGACUUCUAUUUGCAACAUUGAAAAAAAAGAUGAUAUUGCUGAGCUGCUUAAGUUUACGGAUUUAAUCAUCUGGGAUGAGGCUCCUAUGGCUAACAAGUUUUGCUUCGAAUCAUUGGACAAAUCCUUAAAAGAUAUCAUGAGUGGCCCCACACAUGCAUCUAAGAAAAUAUUUGGAGGCAAGGUUGUUGUUUUUGGUGGUGACUUCAGGCAAAUUCUCCCUGUUAUACCAAGAGGUACUAGAUCUGAUAUUAUCCAUGCAACAAUUAAUGCUUCUUAUAUUUGGGAUCAUUGUAAAGUAUUGAGACUUACAAAGAACAUGAGAUUGCAAAGUGGUCCACCUACUACUACAGCUGAUGAGAUUAGGAGCUUUUCUGAGUGGAUUUUAAAUAUUGGAGAUGGGACCAUGUGUGAACCUAAUGAUGGUUAUGCUGAUAUCUGUAUUCCAAAUGACUUCAUAAUUUCAAACUUUUCAGAUCCGAUUCAGGCCAUUGUUGAAGAUACCUACCCUGAUCUCAUUCAUAAUUAUCUUGAUUCCAAUUAUCUUCAAAGUCGUGCGAUUUUAGCUUCAACAAUCGAAGUAGUUGAUGAUAUCAACCAAUAUAUCACUAACCUUCUUCCAGGUGAAGAGAGAGAAUACUUUAGUAGUGAUUCCAUUGAUAGAUCUGAUGUAACUAACUUUGAUGCAUAUGAGCAUGUGACACCCGAGUUCUUGAACGCUCUUAAAACCUCAGGAUUGCCUAACCAUUCAAUCAAGUUGAAAGUCGGGGCCACUAUUAUGUUAAUGCGCAACCUGGAUCAGUCAGAGGGCUUGUGCAACGGCACACGACUAACUGUAACCAGACUUGCUGCCCAUGUCAUUGAAGCGAAGAUCAUUUCUGGGAAAAAUAUUGGUAACAUCUUUUAUAUUCCUAGAAUGUCUUUAUCCACCUCACAGUCUCCAUGGCCAUUUAAAUUGGUGAGACGCCAAUUCCCAAUUAUUGUUUCCUUUGCCAUGACUAUUAACAAGUCACAGGGCCAGUCACUUGACAAUGUGGGAUUGUAUUUGCCAAAGGAAGUUUUUAGUCAUGGGCAAUUGUAUGUCGCUAUCUCAAGAGUCAAAUCCAAAAAGGGAUUAAGGAUUCUUAUUCAUGACAAAGAGAAACAACCUAUGCUCUCUACCACCAAUGUUGUUUUCAAGGAAGUCUUUCAUAACAUUUAA